UCUCUUCUCUACAACAGUCUCUUCAAGCAAACUGGGGGACAUAGCAGCUUAAAAGUCUUCUCAAGUUUUCUUUUGUUCUGUUCUUUGCUACUUUAGAAAAUGCAGAAGCACAAAUGCAAGCUCUGUUCCAAGAGUUUCUGUAAUGGCAGAGCUCUUGGUGGUCACAUGAAGUCCCACUUGGUCUCAUCACACACUCCCACUCGGAAGAAACUCGGUGACUCGGUUCAUUCUCCUUCCUCUUCCUCCUCAGACGGUAAAACUCUGGUCUACGGGCUGCGAGAGAACCCGAGGAAGAGUUCUCGGGUCUUUAUCCCGGAUCCUGAGUCUUCCACCGUUUACAACAGCGAGACCGAGACCGAACCUGAGUCUGUAAAAAGAGGCAGAGCAGAGGUUUCCAAGAAGAAAAGGAGUAAGAAGAGAGUGUCUGGAAAGAAACAGAAGACGAGUCAUGUUAACUCGAGCGAGUCUCAAGAACCGGCGAGUUCUGUCUCCGACGGUUCUCCGGAACAGGAGUUAGCCAUGUGUUUGAUGAUGCUAUCUAGAGAUACAAGGGAACUGAAGAAACAUGUUUUUGCAGCUGAAGAGACUAAGCCGGAAAAGAUACAUUUCCCGGAGCUCCGCCGCUGUGUGAUAGAUCUGAAUCUUCCUCCGCCGCAAGAAAGCGAUAUUAUUGUCACCGUAGUUUCAGCCAUAUAAUAAUAACAAGUUGAUGUUUCGGAGGUUAUUGGAUAUCAUCAAAGCAUCUUCUUGAUUUGGUUUUCUUCAAGAUCGUUUAUUCUUUUAAAAUAGAAAACGUUUAGUGGUUUUGGAAUCUUCGGACGAUCUUUAUCAAGCAAUGUACUUUUGAUGUAAGACACAACUGAAAACUCAAGAAACAAGCUCUGUUUCUUGAUUUCUUCUUCAAAGUCAUGGAUGAUAAAUAUAUUGUUUGUUGGAUCUUUGUUUAUUUUGAAAUUCUUGAGAUGAUUCUUUUGCAUGA